AUGGCGCAUCAAGACGGUGACAAGUCGCUAAAGGCAGAGAAUGAACGCCUUCGUCGCACGUUGUUGAUAGUGGUCUCUGAAAGAAAGAAAAUGGCGUCGCAAAUUACUGGGGUACAAAACCUAGGAGUUCAGUUACAAAAGAAAGACCAAGAACUAAGAACUCUUUCGGAAAAAAAUGAACGGUUGGAAAGUUCUCUAGCGAGAGCAGAGAACAGAAUAACACAACUAAGUCAUCUAGCUGGUAAUAAUGGACAAACGGUAGCUGGUCAAGGCGCCAUUGUUACUCCUGGCGUAUCGAAGAAACUUUUAGAGGCUCUUACUAGGGAAAAUACUAAAUUAAGGCAAGCGUUAGAUCAUAUAACGAACAGAGGUCCAGGUGGCGUCGACUUGGCGGUGGUAAGUAUUGAAAAUUUGGUUUUUGUAGUGAACAUUUCAUUGAAUAUUUGUUGAUGACGGGGAGUCAGUGAAGCGAAAAACAGGGAACUUAGAAUUUGCCCCAUCACAAUGACCUUUUUAUUUAAACUUAAUGAUUAAGCGAUCUUACUACCAGGAAAAAAUAUUGCUUCGCUUUUUUUCUGGAAAAAUUUUAGGUGGAACUAUUUGUCAGGCGUUUCAUUUUCUUGUGAUUGUUUCGCUGUCGGUGGGGGCAUGACAGUGUUAUUCGGGAAUUUUCCCCGCCUGCCAAGGUCGUUGGGGCGGGCACGUUUGCAAUGCCUUUAAUCGUGAUUAUGCUUCGUAAGCAGAAAGUUGUUUGCGCGUUCUUUAGAUUGAUUCUAUCUGAAACGUAGCCUUGCCCUGACGUGUUAGAUUCUUUUCAUACACAAAUGUGGUCUUGAUAACAACGAAUUUCAUUGGCAUUCAGGUCAUUUGUGUCGUUGCGAAACCGAAAGUAAUUCACAAACAGGUAUUGUCUCAUCGAGUAGGGGAUUCCCCGUUGCAGUUUUAUUGGUUGGUAUUCAUAGCGUUCCCGCCGGAUGACACGUUUACAAUACUUCUUUGAAAAUGAAAAGGUGGCUUGUUGGGACACAACUUUUGUCUCCAUUAUUUUUUUUUUGCCUAAAAUCUGACAGACAAAUGUUAGUAAUGCAAGGUUUUUGAAAUUGUUUGAACCUGAAAGAUUUGGAAUUAUUCAUGAUAUUGCAAUAUUACCAGAAUUAAAAAUCUUAUCAACUCCCCUAGCAGAUACUGUUUCACAGAUACAUCUUUCCAAGAAGAGCCCACCAGCUAAAGCUUAUUUAAAUUAAUAUUUUACUCUUAUCCAUGCACAGUUGUGGCUCAAAACUGAAAGAUCAUUAUCAUAAUUGCUGGAAAGCAUAAACAUACUUAUUAUGGAAAUAGAUCAAACAAUUAUGAGGAAGUUGAAAUUGAAAACAAAAAUGCUUGAAGGGUCAUAAAAAUGCUAAGGGAAGCACAUUCAAAUACUUAUUAUUCAUUUAUAUUACAGUCAACCCAAGUCAAGCAUACCCCCCAAGAUUACAUUAAGGAAUUUAUUGUUCAAAAGUUGAAUCCUGUUGGUAGUUGUAGAUUUCAGAUUCAUGUCUGCAUUCUUGCAUGCGUAAUGAGCCAUGAAUUCAUACGCGAUUCAGUUACAAAAUUCUAACAGCUAAGUUUCUGUGAAUUUGACGUAAAUGUCUUCUACGAAAUUUAACCCAUUUAAAGAUUUUCAAUCUGACCAAAUACAGAGAAAUUCUCGUAAAAUAUGCACUGCUCAGUAUGCAUGCAGGGAUGCCAAUUUGAAUUUAAAAUGACUAACGAUUCAUUUUUCAAAUAAUCAUCUUGCUUAGGGCGUACGCUUGACCUGCCUCAACUGUAAUACCAAUUAUGGCGCCAAACCAUUUUUCAAACGAAUUAAUCUCUCAAGACAAGCCUGCAAGAGCUCUUGACUUCCCCUCUGCCUCUCAGAAAUGGCUUGUCUCUUUACAAGCACUGUGCUAGUAUAUUCAUUUAAAGUAAUGAAUUGAUAGAUGAAAAUUAAUAAGCACGAAAUAUUCAGCAGCAUUUCUUUUUUUACAGCUGCCCAAUAUCAAUACAAUGAAGCCUCAAUAUAAUGAAAGGCCAAGGCACUGGCAAAAUAAUUUAGUGGUUUCUGUACCUGGGUUUUCUUUUAUCAAGGUUCUUUAUCAUUUACAACGUUUUACUAUUAUAGGGGCGAAAAAUGCAGCCCGUUGUACUGCCUUGUAUAGGGGUUUGUAUCAUAAAUGCUUAACAAUUUAUUAUAUUGACAUUCACAUUUCAGUGUGAUUUAUUUCCCUUAUUUAUUUUCCCAGGAAAACCGAGAACUACAUGAAAUUAUUAUGACUCUUAGGGAUGAACGAGACAUGAAAAUUAACGAGGUUAAUGAGCUGAAGAAUUUAUUGGCUGCUGUUCAAGAUCAAAAUACAGAGUUUUUGCAAAAUCAAGUCUUGCGCUUGACAGCACAAACCACAAAGCUUGAAAGGAACCUCAAUGCCAAGCAAGGUUUUCUCGAAACUAUAGUCACCGAAAAUGAAACUCUUAAAACGGAACUUCAGACGCUCAAAGAUGAAAAGAUUACCAGAGUCCAAGAUCUGAAGAAAGGACUUGGUGACCUCGCCAGGUCACAGCCAGAAGUCAGGCAAAUCAUGAACCAAGUGUAUGAUAAUGAGGAUGGCAAUUCUGAGGUAGCAAAUUGAUUUUUUUGUGAUUUUAUUUUCAGUACAGUGUAACUAUCACCUUGCAGACACAUCUUAUUAUGGACAAUCAAAUCAAAACAUGAGUUACUGUAUAUCCCCAGUGAAGAUUACGGUAUUUACAGAAUUGAACUGAAACAAUAUCCCACUAUUCCAGACUGAGUCUCAGAUUAAUGACAAUCACUCGCGGUCCUUAGGGUGUCUACAAUAACAGGAGUAGACUGUGAGCUAUGACCCUUGCUUCAGAGUCCAUAGGUCCUAAACUGUGGGAAACCAAGAUAAGACAAAAUGUUGCGAGAUUAUGGGCAAAACAAAUUCUUUUCAUAGUCAACUAGUAGUUUCCCUUAAAAGGUAUUUUUAUUAAAUUUGAAGAGUUUUACAUCUAUACAUGUAGCUGUACAAAACACUUUUCCAGUUACUGUAAUUCAUAUUCAUGUAUGUACAGCUGUAUUUAUUAGUAUGUACUUUUCUUUGUUAAUUAUUCUUACAUGUAUGUUAUGUUACCUUUUUGUGAAGGAAUCUACAUCAUCUCAAGAGUUAAACAGAUUGAAAGAAGAAACCAGCAAAGUAACAGAGGAAUUACAGGCAAAAAUAGAAGAGAAUAAUCACCUCAAAGAAGAACUUGCUAAGACAAUGGACGAAUUAAACACCUUAAAGGACGUCAAUGAAAUUCAUAAUGCACAGCAGCAGUCGGUGAGUGUCUAAAGGGAGAUACUACUGGUAUAAUUUUAUUUCUUCCUUGAAAGGACAUCCAGGUGCAGUUAUAUCCUUUCAUCUUUCUAAUCGGACAAAUCUAUUAAAUGUGUGGCCAGACUCAAUCACAAAGGUACUACAUUGUACUUGUCUUUGAGGAAAAUGUGCAUGGUACAGCUACAUGUAUGAUAGGUGCAAGAUUUGCAAGUGGACUCUUAAGUAUUAUUCACUGCAACAAUGUUUGUUAUUUUGUUGGUACCAAAAUUCACAUACACUAAGUAGACAGCAAUAAGAACAGGAAAUGGUGUGACAUUUACUUCUUAUUAACUGAAAAGGGGCUUUUGAAUUGCAGGAGAUUGUUUAGGCAUGUCUUGAUGCUGUGAGCAAUGUUGAGAAAAUUGUAAAGAGCUGUAAAAGGGAAACAAACAAAAUUGUACUGCAAUGUAAAAGGACUUUUAACCCUUUAAGCCCCAAUAUCCUAUACAAAUUCUGCAAACUGAUCUCUAUACAUUUUCUUAAAGAAUGUGUUGAGAGAAUUUGGUAAAAGAGCAAGGUAUUUUCUCUUAGGUGAUCAAUUUAUUAAUUCUCAUAACCUAAUCUCUUGUAUUCUAUGGAUAUGGUCAGGAGAAAAUUGAUGUUGGUCAUCACUGGGACUGAAGGUUCAUUUACAUGACCACACUACAGGAUUUCAUCAGGACACUCAAAAGCUAGUUUUUUGUUUCUUGCCCCUAAGAUUCCUGGGAUUGUCACAUCAAGCUACACUGUACUCAUGUUUUGUUUUGAAUCCUAGCAUGAGGAAGAGCGAGAAAGGCUUCUCCAGCAAUUACGAGAACUGCAGAACAACCUUACCCUCUUGUCACGUGAAAGAGAGGAGAAGCAGCAACAGAUUGAAGAGCUGCAGAUGGAGCAUGAACUUAUGCGAACUGCAGUAAGUAUUCCCUUUUUAUUUUUCUUUAUUAUAUUGAAAUUAUUUAGCUGUACAUAAGCUUUGUUUGCUGCUGGGCUGAAAGCCAUCACCCCUAAAGAUAAUUUACACGUAUAGAAAAGGCAAGAAUUUCAUUAAAAACCAGUUAUGGUUUUCUGCAAAUUUUAGCCCAGACUCUCUAAUACAUUCUUUUUGUUUCCCUGAAAAGCAAGUGGAAGUACACUGUACCUGUAUAGGCAUGUCAAGAAGUGAACUCAAUUUUUAACAAACUUUAUGGUAGCAGUGAUAGGGUAUAAAAAAGUUUAUUGUGAUGGACUGCAUGUAGUAGUAGUUCUUUCAUUCCAUGCACAUAUUAUUUCUUUAUGCAGAAAUUAAUCAUACUUGUAGGUCCACUGCUUUUCUCACUCUACAUCAUAUCUGUCUUUUGUAGCUUUCAGGUUAUGAAAAUGACUUCAAGAUGGAAAGGCAAGAAAAGAAUAAGGCAUUGUCAGACCAUCAGAAAAUCAUCCGAGAACGGGAUCAGGCCAUUCACAGCUAUGAGCAGCUAAAGAAGGAGCACAUUGGCUUGAGGCAGAACAUUGAACGCAUGUAUUCACAAGCUCAAGCUCAACAGCAGGUGAGAUACAAUGACUCACCGUGUGAUCAAUUAUACUCAUAAGUUCUCCUCUACUUGUGCUUGACCAUUGUGUGGACCAUGAAAAAUUACAUUGUACAUGUACAGUGAGAGAUUCUAUUACAAGUGCGUUAUUGGAUUUUGGACACACAAGAAAUAAUCAUUAUUGUUAAGACUUACACUGUAGUAGCUUUAAGAGGUGAUGCCAGCAGUAGCACAUUUUGUUCUGUUUAAGCCAAUCCUGAUUUGAAAAUUUUAUUUUGGUCAUUUGAAGUAAAUUCUGAUCAAGGUGAAUUAAUCCAGGUGAUAAUUGUGGCAUGGUAAGGAAAGCCUUGUGAAUUUGAUGUAUUGUUUAUUACACUAAAAGUUUGUGUACAUGUAUUCUUGAGAGAUGUUUUUGUUCUAGCACUAUUUCACUUAGUCCUGUUUGUGUUUUUCUUUAGGCUCAAGCGGCAUACAGGCGACAAACAUCUGCUGCGCGCACUUGUGCAGCACAAGUACAACAGCAACAACCAGCACUGAGGCCAAGGGGUUAUGGAAUGGAGGCAUGUGCGGAUGGACCAGGAGAUGAUUUUACAGAUUCACCAACCAGUCCUCUUAAAGAAAACCCAAAGCCAGCUCCAAGACGCUACUUAAGCCAGGGCAGUCAGCUUCAGUGCCCCAACUGCAAAAAAUUGUUCCCUCACGACUUGCUGGAGAAUCACAUGAGAGACUGUACUGGCGACGAUUAAUGUAGGCCAGCUGGCAUGGGCAGGAUAAUGACAAGAUGAUGAGAACUUUUCUGGUUAUUUUUCUGCUCAUGCAAGCUGGCAUGGAUAAGGUGUAACAUCAAGGAAGUCGUGAAGGACUUAUUCCACUCAAUGGAGUGGAUUGAACAGCGUCAAGUCGGCAGCUGUCUCUACGAAGUCAAAGUUAUGAAGAAGGCUUACCACUUUAAAGUGAUGGCGUUUGAAGCCAUGAUGUAAUUUUAUUGAAAUGAGCUUGGGGCAAUAAACAAUAAUAUUGAGGUUCUGCAGAUAUGUAUGGAUUAUCACUGAUAACAAAUCAAUGGGGAAAGACUGAGAAAUACAAUGCACAUGUAUUUGUGUGUGCUGACGUUGGUGUGGUGAGCUCUGCAAGGUAAUGGAAUACAUCAAACUAAGAAGAAGAACAGACGAUUCUAAUACCAGUACCAUUUGUAGAUUUUGUUAUCUUAUCUACAUGUAUUUGGGUUUGUUGCAGUCACUUCUAAUAUUUCCAGUUAAGAAUCUUUUUGGGAAGGAAAACAGAAAGGUAGUUAAUGGCACUGAGAUAUCUGGGAUAGUUUGGGUAAUAAUGUGAUUAAUAUUUUUCCAUAGUCUGUCUCUAAUUGGCCACAGACAUGACAUCAAAAUGUUCAAAACUAAAGGGGAACCACAAGCUGCAAACAAGUGGUUUCACUGUAAAGGUAAAAGUGGUUUCAUGUCAUUUCUAUGGUCAAUAAGAGAAUAGACCAUGGAAAAUUAGUCCCAUGUUUAGGUUCUCCAAAAAUUGCAUGCGAGAGAAGCAAGUGCCCAGUCUCCUGAUGGUUCUGGACUGGAUGAUACUGAAAGUGUGGCUUAACUUACGCAAACCUUUGAACAUAAAUUGCAAGUACAAUGAGAGUGUUGAUGAAUCUUUUGAGUAUGCAAUUCAUGAAGUCAUGUUGUCAAAGAAAGAGGAAAAAAAACUCCUUUCUUUGUACGAAGCAAAACAAAAAAAGUCGCAGUACUAUACUAUGGUAUGAUUUCAUGUAAGUAGUGCAUGUGGUAUACCGUAAUUCGUUAUUAUGAUCAAAACUCAUUGUUAUACUUUAUAUGAAUUUUUUAUGAUGAUUAUACAUCCAAAUGUUUGAUUGGCAUAUAUGUAGCAGCUGUGCUAUGCUGAAAAAUGAUGUAAUGAUGUUCUUGCCUGAUUGCUUGGUCUUAAUAAAUCUGCUAUGUCUUCUGCACGUUUUGAUUAUGAAAAUAUCUUUGAACAAAAAGGAACCUGCUUUUUUUUUUAAAGUUUAAGGAAAUAGAAGAAUUCAAGAAUCUUCCCUGUAGCUCUGUUCAUUUGAUUUCUCAUUAGUUUCAGUUCUGGUUUUGCAUUAUAUAGGACCUGAAAAUUGUGUUUUGAACCAAGAAUAUUUCACUAAGUUUAUUUUCGUUUUUCUAUGAGUUGUUUACGUUUCUAGUUUUAACUUUUAGUUGAACUACAAUAAGCACCUACUAAAUAGCCACCCAAACUAACAAAAAAUUAAUUAAUUUCCGAGUUAGACAGAUUUCGCUUAAGCUACGGUGGUUGUGUUCCUUAAAUAAAAGUACCCGCAGUUAAAACGUUAUAUGAAAAAAAGUUAUACAUAAAAAUCGGUUUCUUUAAAUAGUUAAAGAACACUGGGAUGUAUAUAUUUCUAUUGUUGAUUAUAUUUUUCUUGUUAAUAUUCGUUACUCUUUUUUGACUUGUAGUCAAGACUCGUUGCAAUUGUUUUAUGCAAUAUAAAGAAUGUAAUUA